UUUGUCUCCACCCAACAUCCUCAUCUCUUAACCAAAGCCCACACCACAUGAUCUUAUUAACCCCAUCUCCAUUCUUCCCAAUCUCCCCUCCAUUUUCCCCUUUAUUACCACAAAUGCCAUCUCUUUCCUCCCAUUCUCCAUGCCCAUUUCUGCCAUUUCACAUGGGCUCUUGCUCAUGAACUUGAUGAUUUGGUAAGCUGACAAGUAAAUUGAAGCUGCUUUGAGCUGAAAUUCAGUGGUUUUUGUUAGUAGAAAGAAACAAGAACAAGAAGCAAAAAGAUUGUCCUCCUGAAUGAUGAUGAUGAUGAGGAACACAUCAUGAAGUUUAAGGUUGUUGUUGAAUCUCUCCCAUGGCUGAUUCUGAAGCAGAGAAAGCUGGAGUUUGUUCUUCUAAGAAUGAGCGUCUUUCCACAGCCAUGAAAAGAACAAGUGAAUGGAUUUUUUCCCAAGAGAUUCCAAGUGAUGUCACAGUUCAUGUUGGAGAAGCCUCUUUCUCCUUGCACAAGUUCCCACUUGUUUCAAAAUGUGGGCAUAUAAGAAAAGUAGUAUCAGAGUCAAGUGAUGGUGAUCUCACAAGUAUUGAGCUUCCUGAUUGUCCUGGUGGCGCGGAGGCGUUCGAGCUAGCUGCCAUGUUCUGCUAUGGGAUAAACUUUGAGAUCGGCACCGAGAAUAUCGCGAUGCUCCGGUGCGUGGCGGAGUAUCUCGAGAUGACGGAGGAAUAUGCCAUUGGAAACUUGGUAGGGAGAAGUGAGGCGUACAUCAAUGAAGUUGCACUGAAAAGCCUUGCAGGGGCUGUGUCUGUUUUGCACAUGUCUCAAACACUGCUUCCAACAGCUGAGAAGGUGAAAUUGGUGAGCCGUUGCAUUGAUGCCAUUGCCUUUGUGGCUUGCAAAGACACCCAAUUUAGUAUGGUUGAUUGGUGGGCUGAUGACUUAACUGUUCUAAGAAUUGAUAUCUUCCAAAGAGUUCUUGUUGCAAUGAUGUCUAGAGGCUUCAAACAUUACUCUCUUGCUCCACUUCUAAUGCUGUAUGCACAGAAAUCACUCCGUGGCUUGGAGGUGUUUGCAAAGGGAAGGAAGAAAUUUGAGGCACAACAUGAGCAUGAAAAGAGAGUUGUAUUGGAAACAAUAGUGAGUCUUCUACCAAGGGAGAAGAAUGCACUCUCAGUUAGCUUUCUUUCAAUGCUCCUCCGUGCAGCGUUAUAUCUCGACACGACGGUUGCUUGCCGGUUAGAUUUGGAGAAGAGAAUGGCUGCACAAUUAGGACAGGCUGCUUUGGAUGACCUUUUGAUUCCCUCUUAUGCCUUCACUGGUGAUACAUUGUUCGACGUCGACACCGCACAACGAAUAAUGGUGAAUUAUCUCGAUCUCGAACUCAAACUCGAUGCAAAUGAGGAACAACGUGUUCCCUCUUCUUCAUCAUCAGGCGAGCUUCAAAGGGUGGGAAGAUUAAUGGAGAGCUAUGUUGCUGAAAUCGCCUCGGACCGCAACUUAUCGGUGUCGAAAUUCAUUAAUAUUGCUGAGCUUAUCCCUGAACAAUCAAGAGUUACAGAAGAUGGAAUGUAUAGGGCCAUAGAUAUCUACUUGAAGGCUCAUCCUGCAUUGAGUGAUAUGGAAAGGAAGAAAGUGUGCAGUUUAAUGGAGUGCCAGAAGCUAUCAAGAGAGGCAUGCGCCCAUGCCGCACAGAACGAUCGCCUUCCUGUUCAAACAGUGGUGCAGGUGCUAUAUUAUGAGCAGCAGCGCCUCCGAGAUGUCAUGAAUGGUGGUGUGGCCGAAGUCAAGCUGCCUGCAGCACCUGCUAAAUUGAACAUAUACUCCAAUGAAACAGCAGCAGCCUCAGUUUCAGAUGAGCUCUCCCUUUUGAGAAGAGAAAAUGCUGAUCUGAAGCUGGAGCUAGUGAAAAUGAAAAUGAAAAUGAGGGAGUUUGAGAAGGCAUCACUUAGCAGCAGUCCACAAACAAAUACAAACACAAACACAAACACUCAGCUGCAGGGAGACAAGCCUCCACUGCCCAAGAAAUCAUUCAUGAACUCUGUGUCAAAGAAGCUCGGUCGCCUCUACCCGUUCGUGCGUGCCGACGGUAUCACAUCGAACACGAAAGGCCGAGUAAGGCCAGCCAAGGAUCGGCGCCAUUCCGUAUCAUGAAUCAUUUCAAAACCUCUAUACAGCAGCAUUGUGAAGAGUCUGGUUUCUUUGUUUUUUUUUUUUUUUUUUUUUCUUGUUUCUUUGUUUGGCUUCCAAGGAUUUGCAAACUUUGUAAUCUCUGUUAUGUUGUAAAUAAUAUUGAAUUAUGAAGA